AUGGACUUGCUCAAUCAACAUGUGUUCGAGGCGCAGGCCAACGCGUUGCUAGCCAGCCGAGAGGAGUUGGACAAGGACCGGCCCAGCACAACCACUUCCAAUGAGUCGGCGAGUGGCUCGGGUUCGGUUUCGGUGAUCUUAACCGUCAGAUUGUUGAUGUUGGGAAAGGUAUUUUCAAUUUAUCCUUUGCCAUCUUUCCUGUGUAACAAUCUCCCUGCUUUUUAAUCGUUGUAUUCGAAAAUACAAUACAUUCAAUUUUUCGCCUCUAAAAGCACAAAGAUGUCUUUAUAAAAUUCUAUUAGGUUGGGACGAAAGUUUUCCCCUUUUUCUUGUUUUUUUCCAAACAAAUUUAUUUUGACAGUUGUAACGGGAAACCAAACAUAACAUCCACCGUCGGUAUCCAGUACGUAUUGCCAACGUUCCGACAAGGAUUCAAUUGGCGAGCUUAAAAACUGGGGUAUUUAUAAUAAAAAAUGUCAGAAAGACCUGUUUUGAGGUCCCCCAAACAAUCGAACCGCACAUCUCCCAAACGGUAGCUUAGCGAUCUGAUCAAAUGGUAAUCAGAAGGUGCCAAGGCUGGGGUGUAGUGUGGGUAGGGCAGCAAAGUCCAUGCAUUCUCCCUGAAUUUUUUGCGCGCGAUUUUUGCAAUGUGGUAGCAGGCGUUGUCGUGAAGUAGGAACAUUUGUUCCACUUUUAUCUAGCAUUUUCGGCGACGCGGUCCAACUGGCGAUAAUAAUGUUAUUUAGUGACAGUUUUACCAUCAGGGAGCCAUUCUUAAUAAAUACCUCCCAUACAAGUCCACCAAUCGCAGAACAUGACCUUUUUUGGGUGAAUUUUGGUUUUGGGGUUGGUUCACCGUGAUGGUCGGGUUCAAGCUACUGAAGCUUGCGGGUAUGGUUUAUAUACAUCACCCAUUUCUGGUUCCCUGUAAUGAUAUUGGUCAGCCAAGUCAGCGUGCGGCGGUACGACAAAAAUUAGAAGCAACAGUACAAGCCGUGACUCCGAAAGUUCGUGCGGAACAAAUUAACCACACUUCCACACUUUUCCCAACCGAUGUAGAUGGUCCAUAAUGGCAGUAUGGGAGAACCCAAAGAGCUCUCCAAGUUCACGUAAUGGCAAUUUGGGAUAGCUCACGAUUAAGCCUUUUAGGGCGUCAUCAUCUAUCUCAGAUGGCCGCCAGAACUUGGUCGUCUAACUCCUUUUUUGAACCUCUGGAACCAAUACUUGGCCACACCAUAAAAGAGGACGUCUUUGCCUAUAACAUCCUAGACUUCGGUUAUAUCUUCCAUGGGUUUUGGUAUUCUGCGAUAGUUUUAAAAUUUGACGCAUCGAAACAGCAACUUUGGGACGGAAAUUUUUCCACGUUUGGAGAGCGCUAUGGGGACAAGUUACAUAUCAGUCUAUAUGCUAUCAAGUCACCCUUACAUAGUCACAUGAUAGAACUUUCCAGGAAGUUCCACAACUUCCAUAACUUUUCCCGAAAAUUAAGGGGAAAACUUUCGUCCCAACCUAAUAUUUUGCUUCAGGAAGUCGGAUCAAUAAUUGGCAAGCGAGGAGAUCAUGUUAAGCUCAUCCGAGACAAAUCCACAGCCAAGAUCAACAUUAGUGAUGGGUCGUGCCCGGAGAGGAUUGUCAGUAUCACCGGGAACUUAUCCACAAUCAACACAGCGUUUCAAAUGAUUGCGCAAAAGUUUGAAGAGGUAAUUUUGCAAGUCAUGCCCGUAGUUGUUUUAAAAAUCGCACAAAAAAAAUAUUUUUGCCACAGGCGAGGUUUAAUCUACAUAAAAACGUCAGAAACUCUUGCAUUAACUUCCCAAGCCAUCCUUAAAUGUGUUCUUUUCCAGGACAUGACAGCCAUUCCAAAUUCAGUUCCCAAACCCCCAAUUACCAUGCGUCUGAUCAUUCCAGCCACUCAAUGUGGCUCCAUCAUCGGAAAGGGCGGAGCCAAGAUCAAGGAGAUCCGUGAGCGAACCGGCGCUUCGAUUCAAGUAGCCAGCGAAAUGUUACCCAACUCGACAGAACGUGCCGUAACUAUCAGCGGAACAUGCGAAGCGCUAGUGGAGUGUAUGCGACAAAUCUGUAUAAUCUUGCAAGAGGCACCGCCAAAAGGCGCAACGUUGCCUUAUCGGUAAGCUUGGAUAAUUCAUACGGAUUUUACACACUGUAUUUUUCAAUAUUAAAAAUUUUGUUUUAGGCCAAAACCGACAUACAAUCCAAUGUUGGUUGCCAGCUCAGCAGCGGCGGCGGCAGCAGCGCAGCAGCAGGCAACGCAACAUAUUGCGACAAUGAUCCAACAGCAACAACAACAAUAUCCUCAGGCGAAUGCAUUAAUGUCGAAUGUUCUACAGUAUCCUGGGUAUGCAGCGAUGAGCCAAGGGCUUGCCAAAGGAGCCUUCCCGGCGGUCAGCAUAGCUGGAGGUAGGGUAAUCUGUAGUAUUUAGUCAUCACGCUUGACGAGCUAGAUGCCAUGCUAUAAAAAACUUUAAAAAUUAGCUCUUAACGAGACCUUUGUUUCAGAUAUGGACAUUCAACAAGCCAUUCUAAACAACAUUGCCCUUGCUCAGUCUCAACAAGCCGCUCUGCUGACCUCUGAUGAUCUACAAACAGCUCUAUUAGGUCUGUCAAAUCCCUUGGCAGCCGGCUGGGCGGGAACUGGAAGGCCGGAGGAUCUGAUCAGUGCUCAACUUUUGGGUCAAGCGGGUAUUCUACAGCAAUGCGGUGGGAAAAUCAACGGACAAACGGGUAUUACUGAAAGGUGAGGAAGUUUGUGAAGUUGAUUGCGGCCUUGUUGUGCUAUUUUCCAUGGAAUAUUAGAUGUAGAAGACCCACAAGGCCCCAAGAACUUACUUGUUGACCCGCCGUUCUAUUAAACAUGACUAAGCAAGCAUAUAAAUAAAAUCUAAAAUUCCAGUAUCUCAUCUGCUCAAGCGACCAAGACGCGCAACUCCACCUCCCAAAACGGCUCAACCGCUCGCCGAUAUGCUCCGUAUUAG